GAACAACGUGAUUAGAGUUCAUAUUUCAACGCAAAGAUCCACCAUUCUCCCAUAAGCAGAAGAACCAAUGGCUCAGAAAAGGGUUCUGCUACUCUGCGGUGACUACAUGGAAGACUCCGAAGCCAUGGUUCCAUUCCAAGCUUUGCAAGCCUACGGCGUCGCCGUCGAUGCCGUUUGCCCCGGCAAAAAUUCCGGCGAUCUCUGCCGCACCGCCGUUCAUCAGUUGUCCGGUCACCAGACAUAUUGCGAGAGACGUGGUCACAACUUUAAGCUCAAUCUAACGUUUGAUGAUGUUGAAGCCAAAAACUAUGAUGGGUUGGUGAUACCGGGUGGGAGGGCACCAGAGUAUCUUGCUCACAUUCCAAGUGUUGUGAAGUUGGUGAGUGAGUUUUGCAGUUCUAAGAAGCCAGUUGCUGCUAUUUGUCACGGUCCUUUGAUUCUGGCAGCUGCAGGAACAGUCAAAGGUUGUAAGUGCACUGCUUAUCCUGCUGUUGGACCGGUGCUUGUUGCAGCUGGGGCUCAUUGGAUGGAACCUGAAAACCUUGCAUCAACGGUUGUUGAUGGUAACAUCAUAACUUGUGUUAGUUAUCGGGGGCAUCCCGAAUUUAUUCACCAAUUUGUGAAGGCAUUGGGAGGAAGCAUAAGUGGCUUCAACAAAAGAAUCCUAUUUCUUUGUGGGGAUUACAUGGAAGAUUAUGAGGUGACCGUUCCUUUUCAGUCUCUUCAAGCUUUAGGAUGCCAUGUUGAUGCAAUUUGCCCCAAAAAGAAGGCUGGUGACACCUGCCCAACUGCAGUUCAUGAUUUUGAAGGUGAUCAAACAUAUAGUGAGAAGCCAGGGUAUGAUUUUACGAUAAAUGCUAACUAUGAUGGUGUGAAUCCCUCAAGCUAUGAUGCUCUUGUCAUCCCUGGUGGUCGUUCCCCUGCAUAUUUGGCAUUGAAUCAAUCAGUUAUAGCUUUGGUGAAGCAUUUCAUGGAAAACAAUAAGGCAGUUGCAUCUAUCUGUCAUGGGCAACAGAUCUUAGCUGCUGCCAAUGUUCUUAAGGGAAGGAAAUGUACUGCUUACCCGGCAGUGAAGUUGAAUGUGGUUCUAUCUGGAGCAACCUGGUUGGAACCUGAGCCCAUAGACCUGUGCUUCACUGAUGGAAAUUUGGUAACAGGUGCUGCGUGGCCAGGGCACCCUGAGUUCAUUUCUCAGUUAAUGGCACUACUUGGGAUUCGUGUAUCUUUCUAG